AGUUAUUCGUAAGAAAGGUUAAAGCAGAACUCAUCGUAACUCGACAUAGAAUUUGCUUCGUUGUUUCUGUUGAGGCUGAAGGAUUCACCUUCAUUUCUUUGGUUUCUUAGACAAUUUAAAUUUAGUUGAAAUCAAAAAAAGAAGAAGAAUCCCAUUUCUAAUUCUCUAUCUCGUGGAUCUAGAUUAUCUGCCUCUCCCAACGAAUCGGCCGGGAUCAUUUCGGCAUAGGGGUUAGGGUUUGAAGGGUUCAAGAUUUGUUCUUUCCCAAUCAUUUUCUAUACUUUGUAGAUAUGAGCUUCCAGGAUCUGGAAUCCGGUCGGCAGCUUCAGGGUAGGAAGAAUCUCAUCAACGGCAAGCAGGAUCCAACACAGGCCGUAGCCGCCGGAGUGUUCCAGAUCAACACUGCCGUUUCCACGUUCCAGCGUUUAGUCAACACGCUCGGAACCCCAAAGGAUACACCUGAGCUUCGCGAGAAACUGCACAAGACACGGCUGCAUAUUGGGCAGUUGGUGAAGGAUACUUCAACAAAACUUAAACAAGCUAGUGAAAAUGAUCACCAAACAGACGUUAGCGUGCGUACUUGCAACUAUUUAUUUAUUUUUUUCAACUUCAACUUUCGUCCUUCUGAUUUCUUGCACUUGGAAUGA